GAAUGUGAGCGCCUUGUGCUGCCUUGACCAUCGCACACCCGAAAAUAUGAGCUUACAGUGUCAGCUUUGCUGGGCGAACAUUGAUGAUUUGUCUGUCCCCGAACGACAACGACACUAUGACGCUCACUUGGAAGAGUCUGAAAGAAAUCCUUAUCCUCAAGCCAAUUCUUCGAGCUCGACCACUUCCAAGAAUCUCAGGUCGUGGCUCAGUAAAGGCAAAUUGAGGAAUCCGAUGACCGCAAACGUGGAGAAAUCUCAAGAUGUUUUCUGGUAUCCUGCGAUGCAUACGCCACCACCAAAGAACUUCAUUCCGGGAUUGAUACCGGUUUUGAAGAAAGCUCUCCUUCAAUCCCAUGCGAAGGGGACGACGAUACGCGCAGUAUUAUGCUAUGAAGGAGCCGUAUAUAUUUCAAGGCAGAUGUGGGAUGCAAGUUGGGGUUGCGGAUAUCGCAACUUUCUCAUGUCCUGUGCUGCCCUGAUGGAUCAACCUUAUCAGCCUAUGUACUUUCCUCUCCUAGAUCAACCGAUAUCUCCUGGAGUACGAAACCUCCAAGCAUGGAUUGAGGAAGCCUGGAACAGUGGUUUUGACAUUGAAGGUCGUGUACAGCUCAAAAGGCUCGUUGACACGAAUAAGUGGAUUGGCACUUCAGAUAUUUGCGCUGCUUUUUUGUCAAGAGGCAUACCAGCUGAACUCGUUGACUUCGAAGUCAAAGAUCCAAAAAAAGGUCUUACGCCGUUGACAAACUGGAUAGUUCAGUACUUUAACAAAUACAACAAACACAAUUCCGGUUCUACAAUCAAUACUGCAUUACUUGGAGCAUCCCCUGUUCAGGGUACACCCUGCAUGCCGUUGAUCGUGCAGGACAAUAAGCACUCACGUCUGGUGAUAGGCUAUGAGAUGACUAAAAUAGGGGCAGUAUCCCUUCUAGUUUUUGAUCCUUCGAAGCUACCUUCAAAACAUCUACGGUCCGUGGCACUGAACACUUCAACCAACUCGUUCUCCGUUCGUUCUCAGGGAAGUGACAACAAACGUCGUGAAAGCAUAUCACAAACCGAUGACAUGAAUAAGCCGAUAAAAGUGAAUCAUGCAAAUAGCGAAGAUAAUGGUAGUGAUGCUGCAUGGACUGACGGAGACGACAACGAGAUCGAAUUUGUCGAGGAGCGCAUGCAGAAUAGAUCGGGCGACAUUGAAAUGAAAAGCGAGGUGCAAAAGGUGACUGAAAAGGGAACGAAGAACACGAACAAAAUAGAUAAGGAUAUAUCGGUUAAUGAACCGUCAUAUAGAGACGUGUUGAAGCAUUUUCGUUGGGAUACCCGCUUAUUGCAGAGAACUCACAAAUAUCAGAUCCUUUACUUUCCGUUGGACGAACCUUUGUCAAAAAGUGAGAUGAAACGGAGAAAGAUAUUGACGAGUGAACAAAUUACCUGAAGGACGAUACUCCAGUGAGAUUUCUUUCCACCAAGUAGUAAUUAUAUGUAUCAAGCCAUUUUAUGGAUUUUAACCCGGCCGUGAUAGAUACAUAGUGGGACAUCUUCUGAACCCCUCUGUUUGGAGUUUGGAGUUGGAUAAUUUCAAGUUGGCAGUAUCAGUCAACAACGACAAUUUUAUGAGUUCCAGUCAUGCC